AUGGCAGGACCCGGCCGCUGCGGCGUUUUGGCUGCUUUUCGGGAGCACCUGCGACGCCUGGGUCUGCAGGACUUCCCCUGCGGCCUUGGCAGCUGGGUAGGGGGCCGGGGGCACAGCCGUGGGGGGGACCCGACUGGGCAGGAGGAGGCCGUGCUGCUGGGCGAGGAGAGCCCUGAGGCGCUGAUGGAGCUGCUGAGGGACCGGCACAGCCCCUGGGCCCUGCCGCCGGACGGCAGCCGCCAGGACCAACACCUGCGGGAAAUGGCUGUGCUGACGCCUGAGCUCGUCCGCGGCUCCAAUGUCUUCCAGGUCUUCAAGUCCCUGCGGAUCGUUGGCAAGGGAGUGGAGGAGGUCGAUGAGGGUCUGUUGCAGUUCCAGCACCUGGAAGAGCUCAUCCUCAGUGCCAACCAGAUCAGCAGGAUAACCUCGGCCAACCUGCCCCGCACGCUGAAGGUCUUGGAGCUGUGCUGCAACGCCGUGGCUGAUCUGCAGGACCUGUGUGCUCAGCCUCCUCCGGAGCUGCAGCACUUGGGGCUGGGACACAACAGGCUGUGCAGCCCUUCGCAAGACAAGUACCUCACUGCGGACUUCUGGCCAAAUCUUGUCUCCCUUGACCUGAGCUUUAACAACUUCACGGAUCUAGUGGGGCUGGUGUCACAGCUGUCCAGUCUGCAGAAGCUCCGUGUCCUGGUGCUCCAAGGGAACCCGCUGGCUCUCAUUCCCACUUACAGAGGCUUCCUUGUGGACAGCUUGCCCAAGCUCUCCAUCCUCGAUGACAUCUACGUAGGGCCUGACGAGAGGCACCAGUUCCACGGUUUGGCGAAGCAGACAGAGCUCAUCAGGAGCGAAGCACGAGUGGUUGUGAGCGUUGGGGAAAUCAAGGGAGUCCCUGAUCCCAGCGCUUGUCAACAGCUGGAGGUUGGCUCUGAGGCUCCGGUGAUCACCUACAGCUACUGUGUGACAUACGAGUUUGCAGGAGAGGACAUCGAGGACAGUAGCAGCACUGAGGUACCAAAAAUCCAUCGGAGUCCUGUGGUGGCCACCCUGGAUGUGGACACCUCUGCUUGGGACUCAGGAGAAGCAAAGGGCCAGCAGAAGCCUGCAGCCAUGGAGGAGCCCAAGGUCCACUCCGCAAAGGUGUUUGUCACCCCUGGAAAGCCCUGGGCAGACACCAUCGACUGCAGCUACAGGAAGGAGCACACUGCCAAGGACUUAGUGGGGCUGAAGUCCUACCUGGCAGCUGGAACGAUUGUCUCAGUCGUGGAGGAGAAGGUGCUGUCAUGGCCUGUCGAUGCUGAUCCGGAAGAAAAUGCAGUCACAAAGGGGAAGGCAGGACGGGGGCUGCAGAAGGGCAGUGCCAAGGGUCCUGUGCUCAGGGAAAAGCAGAAAAGGAAGAAGAAGGAGAAGCCAUGUGAACUCCGCAGUGACCCUCCCAUUCGGAGGACCCUGGGCACCAGGAGGGUGACCUUGGAGACCCUGUUGGCCACUGAGAACCUGGUGGCAACUGUGUGUGACUUUGGGAUCCUGAUGACUGAGCAGCUGCUGCAGCCACCAAGUCUGGAGGAGAAGGUACGGAGUGACAGGAAAAAAGGCAAAGACAAGAGCAAAAAACCAAAAGGAGAGAGAGAAGUCCAGGCCAGACAGAAAACCACGUCAUCUGCCAAAGGUGACAGAGACUGA